AUGUCCCCUGAGGGCCCCGUUGCAGGUUCCACAGCGGCUUGGGCUCAGCGCGUCUUCUGCGGCGCAUACAUCCCCAAGGGAAGUUGGUUCUCGCACCUGCAACACGCAGCCAUGAAGAGUGCGCCCUUAAUGAAUCCGGUGACGACUGUAGUCGGCUCCAUCAUGGUUGGCGUCGGGAUAGCCGGUGAAUGGUUCACGUAG